CCAUACGAAAACACAGCAAGGCGGGGGAAAUCAUAAUCACUGUCCGUGGUGGUGCUGCUGUUGCAAGGGAACCGCAUCUUUUCCGAUGUCUUCAGGCUGCCCGGAUCGUUUGUUUAUCUGCGGCUCCCCGUUUAUUAGUGUCAUCACCGGCCCUUCUCGGUCGAUAGAAUGAAAGGAUGGCCAAGCGGCGAGAUUCGGACGAGGAGAGUGGAGAGCUGAUCGGCCCUGCUGCGGUCCAGCGAGAUAAGACGCCGUAUCCCGGGAUGGCAAAAAUGGACGGAAUGGAGGAAAGAGGGGGAAGUGAACUGUCUUUGGAGGAGAUUUUAAUGCUCUACAGCCAACCGAUUAACGAAGAGCAGGCUUGGGCAGUGUGUUACCAAUGCUGCAUAAACCUGGCUCGGGGACAUAGGAGGAAUUCUGGCCCAGCUGCCGGUGCAUCAGUGGUGGAUACUCCGAAAAGGAUUGAGGGACCACGGGAUGUGAGGAUUCAGAAAGACGGAUCUGUCAAAUUACAAUAUGAAGGCUGUGAUGGUAAAUCCAUCCCAGCCACAUCAACAGAGGUGAUUGAGUCUCUGGGCAUCAUGAUCUACAAGGCGUUGGACUACGGACUGAAGGAGAACGAGGAGCGGGAGCUGAGCCCACCCCUGGAGCAGCUCAUAGACCUCAUGACCAACAUGGGUGAGGCCGAGAGAGACGCCUGCCCUGACGAAGGUUACGAGGCGACCGAGGAAGAGGAGGAGGCCGAAGACGACCCCAUCAACAUCUGUAAUGUUCGUGGCUACAGGGACAUCCUGAGGAUGUGUGUGUCUCACCUCCCCAGCCCUGGCGAUGCCCCCAGCCACUACCAGGCUGUGUGCCGUGCUCUCUACGCUGAGACCAGGGAGCUACGCUCCUUCCUGGAGAAGAUCAAGAGUGCCAAAGAGAAUCUUCGGAAGAUGGGUGGCGAGCCGUCUGAGGAUCCCAGCAGAGGCCUAAAUGAGCUCCAGAAUGCGGACUGGGCUAAGUUCUGGAUGCAGGUGAUGGGAGACCUGCGGAACGGGGUGAAGCUGAAGAAGGUCCAGGAGCGCCAGUACAACCCUCUGGCCAUCGAGUUCCAGCUCACGCCCUACGAGAUGCUCAUGGAUGACAUCCGCUCCAAACGCUACAAACUACGCAAGGUCAUGGUAAACAACGACAUCCCACCAAGGUUGAAGAAGAGCGCCCAUGAGGUCAUCCUAGACUUCAUCCGGUCCAGACCUCCUCUCAACCCUGCAGCAGCCAGGAAGCUGAAGCCCCAGCCCCAGGUUCCUCCCACCCUGCACGAGAGGAUCCUGGAUGAGAUCAAAUCUGAGAGGAAACUGAGACCUGUCUCUCCUGAUGUGAUCCGCAGGAGCAGGCUGGGUGGAGGCAUAUACUACAGCACUCCACAGUUGAUCCUUACACGUCAAGAUGUGUCCAGCCCUGACGGCCGCAGGAAGACUUCCAGCACCAUGACCCUCAGCAGUCUGUCCAAUGGGGGGCCAGGGGUACCAGGGGGUGGAGCCCAGGCCCUAUGUCAGAGGAAGAGGCUGAAAGCACCCACCCUGUCAGAACUGGACAGCUCCGACUCUGACGAUGACAUCACCAUUGGGGGUCAAAAGUCAGCUAGUAGCUCCAGUGUCUCUACAUCGGUGGUGGACGACACCUCUCCAGAGUCUGUACUGGGCAGGAAGACUCCACCCAUGUUCCUGCCCAUCCUCAACCCCCAGCCUGAGAGACGGCAGGCCCCCCAGAGGAGACACUCCAUUGAGAAGGAGACGCCCACCAAUGUACGGCAGUUCAUACCCCCAUCCAGACAGAGCUCCAAGUCUCUGGAGGAGUUCUGUUUCCCAGUAGAGUGCUUGUCCCUGACGGUGGAAGAGGUGAUGCACAUCAGACAGGUGCUGGUCAAAGCAGACCUGGAGAAGUUCCAACAGUACAAGGACGUGUACAACGCUAUGAAGAAGGGAAAGCUUUGCUUCUGUUGCCGAUCCAAAAGGUUUUCCUUGUUCACCUGGUCCUACACCUGCCAGUUCUGCAAAAGGCCUGUGUGUUCACAGUGCUGUCAAAAAAUGAGGCUGCCCUCCAAGCCCUAUGCCAUCCUGCCCAUCUAUUCCCUGGGCUCUACCACCACUCUACCCAGGGACCGGGUAGCAGCUCUGGGGAAAGCUGCCAGUUUAGCUGGUCCAGCAGCAGCAGUUUCAGCAGGAAAAGGAAAAGCAGCAGCCUCAGCAGCAGCAGCAGGACCAAGCAGAGCAGCAGCAGCCCCCAAGCCUGAGAAGCCCUCUACCAGCCACCACCGCCUCAGCCUUCAGAAGACCAUGUCCAAGUUGUCUAAGCACGGUAGUCUGGAGAAGUCCCAGUCCCGUGAUGAGGUGGAGCUCCCAGCGGAGCUGACGGAGGACUGGAGCACCAUGGAAGUGUGUGUAGACUGCAAGAAGUUCAUCCACGACAUCAUCUCCUCCAGCAAGCACAGCCUCUCCCUGGCCACCAAGCGGGCGCGCUUAAAACGCAAGACCCAGUCCUUCUACAUGUCGUCCCCCAAAGGAGCUGAUUACCGACCCUCGGAAAGAACAAUCAACGAGGUCUAGACUCUCCCCUCGUCCUUGUCUACCUUCUCCACGGUCUUCUAGCUGCUCCCAGAACUUAUGGCACAAUACAGAACUCUGACUGACUGGGUUUUGAUCUGGAUGACCGUGCUGCGAUCCGGCCUGUACCAGUAGACGUGUUUAGUUUAGUCUGUCUGUCGAUGCUGUCAGAGCGGGCUGUGGACCUUUACCUUUCCUUGGAGAUAUGUGGACUGUGUAGUCAGUGCUUGUUGCCAUGUCCUCUGAUCGUCACAUACAGUACGAGUACUUUCAGACAAAAGGAUACUAGUCCAUUUUUAUACAAUAUUUUGCUCGGUAAUGUAAUUUCUCCCAUAAUGUUUUGCCAUAGAGAGGUGGUUAAGGACACUGAAUGAUCAAAUGUAAAGUAUGAGGUAGUGUAAAGAUUCAAAGCGGUAUGGCCUCAGUCACCCCCUAUACUGGCACAAUUGGUGGAAUGUGGUAGGAGCUACUCACCCACAGAAAAAUCAAUGAGCACAAGGCAAAAUAAUGCUCCAUAUUUGAAUUCCUCAGGCUGUGGUAUUCUAUUGUAAGAGAGUAGGUGUGAUGCUAACAACACAAGUCCCAUACUGAGAGCUGUGAACACCUUAAAGUGGAGACAAUAUGAGUUAAAAGCAACAAACGAUUGGAUGAUGACUUGAAAGGAUAUGGAACUGUAGAUGUUUUUUUGACAAGUUAGCAUUUUCUAUGGUAUGGUAUACAUGUGUACAUAUGGUUCGGCUUAGAGUCCGGUGGUUUGUGGUGAAAAGUUGGCUCCCCCUUUUUACUCUUCUUGACAUGUUCAGGUUAUUUUUAGCUGACGGUACAAUAAUGAAUUAUGCUCAUUGAUGUUCUCUGGGUUCUGAGCGGUCUUGAUGAAGCAUAACAGGUAAACAAACAGCGUGUCACUUUGCUCAAAGUUGGAUCAUACCCAUGAAGGUAUCCCAAACCGCUCACCUGUCUCUCCGUAGGCGUUAGGGUCUACAGGAAUGUCAGGUGUCAGCUUUAGUGCCAAAAGAUUCCCUUCUGUCUAAACCAUAAUAUAAAACCCACAUAAGUAUUUGGUGUAAAUACUCAUUGACCUUGCUAUAGAUAGCCAUCGCAGCCCCCGAUUAGAGCAUGCUUCUCCAAAAGACGUCACACUGCUGAAUAUACUGACUAUAGAAAUAGAAUGGAUAGAAUUAAUAGAACCUCAUUCAAGUCAAUGAUGGGAUAAUGGGUGGACUGGCAGCCAUUUUGAGUGUACCCAUGCCUAGGUCACAAAUAUAUAGGUUAAGACAACGUUGUCAUAAAUCUGGGAACAGUGCCGUUGCUAACUGCCAGCGCUGUUGCCAACUACCAUUGUUGUAUAUUAUUAUGGGAUAUUAGAAUCCCGUUGUCUUAACCUUUGUCAUAUUCAACCUAGACCCAUGUCAGGAAGUAAAAUCAGGAUGUGUACCCUUCAUACUGUGCUGUGCUGUUUUGUUGAGUCAACUCAACUGACAUGACAAAAAAUGUAUUCCAUUGCUUGAGUCACAUCAAAAAUCAUAUAGUCUGUCCCAGUAACAAGCAUGCGCCCCAGAAAUAUAUGCAUAUAUGAAAUGAUCUCAAAUGGUCUUUCUUUGCUUUACAAUAGUUAUGGUAUGAUAUAACAUGCUUAAAACCACCCUCUGUUUUAUUGUAUAGGCAGCAAAGAAUGGUAUUACACACUACUCUACUGUUCAACUCAAAGCCUCAAAAUGAUGCCUUCAUGAAUUUGUAUAUCAGUUGUGUGGGACUGUGGUGUGUCUUAACCAUACAGUUUGUCUCUAAACCAGAAGCAGAAGCAUAUUUCGGGAGCCAGGAAUCAGGAUGUAUGUAUAUUAAAGUGACUAUUACAAAUCCAGUUUUGUUCCUUCUAUUUCUGCCUUAAAUACACUGCCUUCUUCUCUCAUCAUGAACAUAUCAUUGCUGUGACAGAUUGAAUCCACAGUGACUCAGCAUACUGUAUGUAAAUAUGAUUUAUAGUAAUGUCCGUCCAUAGAGCAGGUCUGUGUUUCCUUGACAACUUACAUCACGACUAAAAUCAUUUAGACUUGGGGCUAUUAAUUUAGCCUAGAUCCAAACUAAAUUGCUCUGUUUGGUAAAGUGAAAUAGAACUAUUCAGGUAGGAUCCAGGCUACUAUUAACUAGUUUAUAGAUUGUAUCUCACAAAACAAGUCAUUGCAGGACAGAAUAUGGACUACAGUAAGUAGAGGUGAUCUACUGUGUGGUACAUAAAAGAAAGGCCCAUAUGUGACAGCAACAUGCAUGUACUACUGUGUAGCUUGUAUCUUUAAUCUGUUCAAACCUUCCAGAUGUAACUCCCUCCCAGAGAGUUCAAGAAAUUAUGACAAAGAAUAAUAAAAAUGUAAUGCAAUACCUUUACAA